AUCGGAGAUCUAAUCUCAAGGGACUCUGUGCCUGGGCAAAAUGUUGUGAUCAUUAGACUUAUUACCACUGAGACAACUUCUAAAGGUGGGUAUUUAAUUCAAUAUCCAACUUUCUUGCUGGUAUUGCUUGAGCUAAACUUGUUGCUCUUUUCUAUAGUAGAAGACGAUGAAGAGAUUCCUGAAGAGAAAGCAGUUUGUAAAUACUGUUUCAAUUUAUUCCUUGAAGAAAAUGUGUUCAAACAAAAUGCCACUGCAAAACUGCCCUUGUCCAUGACCAUUGUAGAUCCGAAGGAUAUAAAGUGUGUGAAGUUUGUGGCCACAACGUACAAAGCGUCCCAGUGA